GAAAAAUUCCCUUGAUUGCAAGCGGACGUGUUUGUCGAACAAGUUCUCCCGUCGCGUACAGUCAUCGCGUGCGUUGAUCGCAACCGUACUUCGAGUAUCGUUUUAUUGCACCACAUCAUCUUAUCUAUUUCAAAAUGGUGUACAUGGUGAAGGAUUCCGGUGACUUCAACAACAAGCUCGAAGCGGCCGGCGAUCAGCUGGUGGUGGUUGACUUCUUUGCCACCUGGUGUGGACCGUGCAAGGUGAUCGCACCGAAGCUGGAAGAGUUCCAGAACAAGUACGCCGACAAGAUCGUGGUGGUGAAGGUGGAUGUGGACGAGUGUGAAGAACUGGCGGCCCAGUACAACAUCGCCAGCAUGCCCACGUUCCUGUUCAUCAAGAGGAAGGAAGUGGUGGCCCAGUUCUCCGGUGCGAACCCCGAGAAGCUGGAAAGCUUCAUCCAGCAGCACUCUGGUUGAGCGCGGUCCAGAAAGGACACAAUCGAACUGCUGUGUUGUGCCCUUUGGACGGACGGAAGAGGUUAUAAGCGGAUGCGACUACACCAACCAGAGAAGCACAAUUACACACAGCCAUACAAUCAUCACAACCACCACAGUCUCUCACAAUCUCUCAUAAAAAUCACACCAAGUGUGUUUGGCGCACGGAAAAGGACGCUCGGCGUCCCAUUUACAACUAGAGUCACCCUCCCCAAUUACUCUCCCGAUUCCAGCCUACGAAUGUUUUUGUAGUGUAUGGUUUAGGAAGACCUGUUCCGUUUUUAAUCAACACCAGCCUUCUCUAUUGAUUGCGUGAUAUUUUUUCUCUGUCUUGUCGCGUGCAUGCGCUCCGAUUCGUUGUUAAGCAGAUAGAAGGAUAAGUGGUUUACUUACACGCAAAGAGAAAAGCAAAGCAAAACAACUCAUCAACAACAGCAAAACCCCACUAAAUGAAGGAGCAUAUAGGAUUCGUCGUCGUCGCUUCACCAUUUGCCUUGCAUCGUGUUAAAUAUAAAUGUAUUUGUUGUGCUCUAUUUUGCAAGCGUUUUUAUGCGUUUUUUUAAUAAUGGGGGGAGAAACAGAAAAAGAUAAUAAUAUUCAUGUCGAAACACACCCAUCAACACACCAGUACACACCAGUGCUCUCGCUAUUGAAUAGUAAACGAAGUAAUGUGAAUUGUAUUUAUCACCGUAAAAGUAAAAUAAAUUCGAAUCGGCUUAUGUGAAGCGUGUGUUUACAAUCGAAA